AUUAUUAGUACUGUCUAAAAUAAGCUUCCUUUUUAAGUAAGUUCACCUCAACUUAAAGCGAUAAUCAGACUCAGAGUGAAACAAAAUAUAAUUGACUUCACAUAUGUGACAAAACUGAAGAGACGCUACUCUAUAAAAAAUGCCCACCAUCAACUAUUUGUAUCACGGGAUUCCUGCCAGUGUUCUUUCAUAAGAUGUGUAACAUUUUGGCUCUGGAAGCUUGUUGGCUGUAGCAGGCAAUAGUCCUGCAGACCUUGCUUCCUUGUGAGAAUCCAUUGCUUUAGGAAUGCAUCCCCCAGCAGAGCUGACUCCUGUUGCUGCACGCAGUCCCCUUUAUCCAUGUGGACAGAGCGGGCCUGUUAUAAAGCAGUUCACAGUGUCAAGUAGUUUUCCAGAGUCACUGAUUUUAAGCAUUUACAGCACCAUGACUAGGACCAGCAAGAAAGACAGGAAGGAUGAGGCAGACAUUUCUCCACUAUCAAAGUUAGAGACCUAUUAAAAUAGAAUCCAGAGAAUAACUGAAAACGAUCCAAACAGCAUGCAAAACUCUGAGAUCAAUAAAGCUGUGUUAGAACUAAAGUCCAUUUACAUCUCCAGCAUUAGCCUAUUAACUGAAUUACUGAAAGAAAGAGCUUCCAUUAGAGUGGAUAUUGGACAAACAAUCCAGUAUUACGGUUUCACCCCUGCCCAACUCACACCAGCAGGCUGCAGCUAUUUGGAUUUGGUGGAUGCUUACCACACUAAGUUAUAAACAGAUUAUAUGCCACAUCUUCCCAAACUCAAAGUUCCUAACAAAAUUUUACAGGUCAGAUAUGCUGACGUUGUAAAACUAUUGGGCAUGAAUCUUAAAUAUUCUAGUCUGGGAUUUACUCAGUCUAACAGCAGCAGAAGCAGCAGCCAUUGCAGUGCACGUGUUAUGAAGGUCCUUGCAGGUCACCCUGGCUGACCACUUUGAGGACUUUUAACGAAGUUAACCCACAAACAGCUUAAAUUCUCAAAAUGACCUUUUCAUUUCUCCUGACUGUGCCCUACCCUGCUUUCACUACAGCUUUUCACAAGUUCUGGCGAGGUGUGGUGAGAAUGCCCUGAACGCUUUUAACAUCCUCGCAGCGUUUUGCCUGCUGGUGACCACGCUGCUGCGGGUGCCAUUAGAAGCUGCUGGGAUAACACCCUCACUGGGCAAGUUUAGCUUUUUGUAUAUAGCAAGUAGCUUCUCUCCUCCAUUUCUGCCUUUUCCAACACAUUUUGGGAGAUAUCUUUACUUUAAGGUUACAGGCAAAUUAUCUUUAGGGAGAUAAAGAAAAAUGUCUACCACUGUGCCAGCGUAUUUCAGAGUACUGCCACUGAAAGCAGCGUACCAACUGCCUGUAUUUCGGAGGCAGCUGCUUCUGUUUAUAGGCUCCCGUGUGAAUAAAGGAUAAGAACAGAUUGAAAUGCUACUUCAUUUUCUUUUGCUUCAUCUCUUCCUGUUUUCUGAAGGUUGUUACUGUGACACCGAUGUAAAAAAAUACUUCCUACUUCUAAUCUGUUUCAAGUCUUUGUCCUUGUUUCUCUCUGCUUGUAUGAAGCACUGACAGACGUGAGACCUCUCUUGCUGAAAUGUGGGGCUCAAUAACAGCUAUCUGAAGACUCCUACCACUUUUGUUUCCCCUUCCCUACAGAUACAUGAGUACCUGACAGAUAACCCCUGAAAUGGAGGCACAGAAACAUCCUGGUCUGACAGUUGCACUAGCAGACCAGACACUUCCAACCUCUUCUCUUCAGCCUGCACAGGGUCCUUCAACUCUCAGCCAAAGCAGUGUGAUUCCUCCACAGGAACCAGCACUGUCUCAACCUGUGUAUCUAAAAGCCCUCACCAUCCCCCUGUACCAGCCUGUCCAACCAGGAUGCUUUCAGCCAAGCAGUCAGCUAGUGACUGGCAGGAGCUGUGGAAACCUAGAUAGCAGUAGCAUACCUCUGAUCCUGAACCCACUUGUUCCUUCCGAAGGCACAGAUCAGCCCCAGUCAGUGUUUCAGAAACAGCUUGGGCAAACUCUAACACUGAACAUAGUGAGCACUUUACCAGUUUUAUCAUCACCAAAUUCUUCUGUAAACGCAACUAUUGGAAGCCCGGGAAAAUCAAAAAAUGCUGGGAAAUAUAUCUGUAAACACUGUGGUCGAGACUGUUUGAAGCCAAGUGUCCUUGAGAAACAUAUUCGCUCUCACACAGGAGAGAGACCCUUCCCGUGCACCACUUGUGGUAUUGCAUUUAAAACUCAAAGUAAUUUGUACAAACACAGAAGAACUCAAACACAUGUCAACAAUACCAAACUACCCUCAGACUCUGACAACACUGGCAUACCGGAGCAAAAUGAGAAAGCAACAGAGAGCAUCACGUCACAGCAAGGCACCAAAGGACAUGGUAGCAGCUAUGAAGACAGGGGGAUACAGAUGAAACAAGUGACUCUGGAGACCGGCGUUGUAACAGACAGUAAGAAACUUAAUGACCUUUCAGUGCCGGCAACAAGCAAUUCAUUGAUGGUUUCAGAAAAUCAAGAACGAACUCAUCAGUCCUUUAGUUCAAAGACUGAUCGGGGAGUUCCUGAAAAAGAACCUCCAAGUUUAUCAUCUCCAGUAGCUUUGCCAAAUGAUCAGUGCCAGAUAAAGAAGAUGCAGGAGCAAAGAACUCCAGCUGCCAAUAAACACGUUCAGUUGCAAAGGCAGCAUGCAACCUCAUCAGAAAAACAGUGGGAUUACAAGCCAUUUGACUGCAAGCUAAAGAAGUGUGAGAGCACCGACUCAGGGUACCUGUCACGCUCGGAUAGCACAGAACAACAGAUGGCAUCCUCCAGCCCGCUGCACAGUCUCUGUGAGCACAAUGCUGAACUGGAAAACGAAACUGGCUUCGGCAGCUCAAGGUGCACGGCCGGAAGCAGUGCAAAGUCAGAGCCAGCUGAGAAAGCUACAGCCUUGAUGCUAGAGAAAAAGAGGCUGGAAGAACACAUUUCAAAACUAAUUUCUCAUAACAAAAUCGUGGUGGAUGACACUCAGUUAGACAAUGUUAGGCCCAGAAAAACUGUCCUUUCUAAACAGGGAAGCAUAGAUCUCCCAAUGCCUUAUACAUACAAAGACUCUUUCCAUUUUGACAUCAGAGCUUUUGACGCAAACAGGAAAAAGAACCUCUCUCUUUGCUCAGCAAAAUCUACCUUAGCACCCCUCGAAAAAUGCAAGCCAAUGUUUUUUCAUUCGGUCCCCACACAGUUCUCCACAACGAUAGAUGCUGUGCCUGUCACACGGAGCAACUCUCUGCCAUUUGUGGAAGGCACAAGAACGGUGCAUGACAACGCAGGCUGCUCAAAACUGCUUUCUCUUACUAAGCAGUCUGCAAAUACAGGCGCUGCUAGUUUGCUGCCUAGCAACAAUCUUGUUGCUAAUUCAGUGGAUUUUCCCAGUAGCCACCCUCGAGCUCUAGUCAGACAGACAGCAGUGGAUGAUUUGCCACUAAGUAACGUGGCUGAUCAUCCUCCUCCCUCGGAGGAGCUGCAGAUGGGUGCGAAGCUUGGGGCUGGGGAAAUAGUCAGCACUAAAAACAAGAAACACAGUCAAAGGAAGCUAAAGAUGUUCUCGCAAGAAAAAUGGCAAAUGUACGGAGAUGAAACCUUUAAGAAAAUCUACCAAAAAAUGAAAAGCAGUCAAAACAGCAGGAAAAUCAAACAAAGGGGGAAUAAGAUCCCAGAUAUUGCAGGCUCCACUCCUGAUUCAAAGGAAUCAGUCAGCAGCACUGACAUUGCUGAGGAAAAAGAUGCCAGGAGCUCUGCAAGUGACAGUCUUUCCUCCCAUGUGUCAACAGAAUUAAACACUGUUAAAUCAGAAACUGGUGCUAAUGGUAACCAUAUUCCACACAAUGCGUCCUCAGAGGAAACCACAGACAGUUUAACCUAUGUAAUGGAGACAUCACAUUCAGUAAAUGCUAGUGCACAUACUGCAAUGAGCAAAACUUGCCAAGAUCUCCGUGGCAGCGACACAGACAAAUACACAGGUGGCAACAACACGUUACUAGCUCCAAGCAGUUGUGAGCGCAGGCUGCAUAAUACUCAGUGUCAAUCAAACAGUAACAGAACGAAGGAUGACUGCUUGCCAGAACUGAGUAGCAAAUGGGAAGAAUCAAGUCUUGGGAAAGAAUCCAGUACAUUUGAAUCAAAUUAUAAAAGCACUUCAGACAAUUAUGAAAACCAUAACAGGAAUAAGGAAACUGGCCGGCAUGCCCUGAUGCCCCUGUGGGACCACUGCAGCAACAGAGAAUCUUUAGGGAAAUCCCAGAAUUUGCCAUCAGAAAGAAAAAAGCUGAAAGUUGAAGUGGAGAAGAAAGAAAACAUUAUCUCAAAGUACUGCCCUAGUCCCUGUAGUGAAAACAGCGCAGUAAAUGAAGCGGACACAGCCUGUUGCACUAUCACUCCAUGUCUUUCCACAGCACCAGGGAAGCUCUCCAGUAAAGCAGAGGAGCAAAAGUUAAGCACAAGAAUUAAUGAAUCAUCAGGAGGUGCUGAGAACGUGGAUUGUAUAAAAACAACCAGAGUCCCCACUAAAGCUGUUCAUUGUGGUGAUGUUAACCCUCUUUCACAUUCAGCAGGGAUCUCAAAAGCUUCAUCUGUGGGAUUUUUGAGGCCUGAACUAAGGGGAAGUGAUUGCGAUACUUUUGCUUUGCACAACUCAACAGAUAAAGAUGUCAAAACAUGCCUUGUGAAAACAGGAGUACCACUUCUCAGUGACAAUGCUGCUAAUGUAUCUUCCAAAAUUCAUCAUCUGCAAUCUGGUCAGUUAACUCUAGUCCCACCGAAAAAUGCCUUUUCUCCAAAAUAUAUCCUUAAACUGCCACAAGACAAGAGAAACUCCGAUCUGUCGAUUCUGCUCCGAUCAGAGCAGAUUACACCUUGUACUUCUGUGACAGAUUCCUUAACCAGCACACCCUGCUCUUCCAGCAGCAGGUCACCCUGUUCUCAUUCCGAUGAUGUGCUUUGGUCCCCUUUAAAAUUUGAAGUGAGGCAAAAAGGCAGCAAAGGAGAGCUACGAUGGAAUGUACAUGCAAACUGGAAAACUCCAGUACUGUGCUCACCAGUCAGUUCAGAAACAGAUAUCUUAACAACAGUAGAUAGCACCUUGUAUAAGGAGGAAAUUAUGAGAGGGGCUUGGAAAAACAAACAGAACAAAAAUAAAUUAAAUUAUCAAAAACAAACAGAAGAGAAGUGGAUGAGCAUAACUACUUCAUCUGCACAGAUCCCAAAGAAGAAAAUAUGCUUUACUUCUAUGUAUUCGAGUAGUUUGGUCAUAUCGGCUGACAUCAAAGAAGAAAAGAAAGUUUUACAUCAACUUUGUUCAGGAGGUGACUCUUUGAUGACAACAUCAGGCCAAAGGGAAGCUUCUAGCAAGGAGGCAGAGUCAACAGUCACGGGAUGGGACACUGGUGGAAGCCCACGCAUUCUUAAGGACAUGUCACCAACAUCAGAGGAUAUGGAGCAGUCUCAGAGCUCAAGAGAUAGCUCCACUUAUUUGUGCCAUUCCUUUGGCACGUUUUAUUGCCAUGCUCUCACCACUCACUGCAAAGAAUCCCCAGCACUACACAGCAAUAGUCUGACUUCCUACUCGGAAAGCUUUACAGUACUGAGCACCAAGAGCACCUUCCCAUCACUAAAUGCUGAAACUCGAUUAACUUGGUGCUGUUUAACAAAAAGCCUUCCUCUGCCUGCUGAGCAGAAGGGGAAUGCAGACUCUGCUUAUUCCUCCAUGCACACCCACGACAAGGAAUCUAGCAAUGAGUGCACACUGUCAAAAUACGACAUUUCUAUUUUCAAAAUGAAAAACGUUAGCAAGACUGUGGCCUAUGGCUUAACAAACAAGAACUUAACAACACUGCCUUCAUCCUUUUCUCAAGGACAACAGAUGCAGGAGUUAUGCUCAGCAGCUCCUGGUGGUGCUUUCAAAAACACAUCAGAGAAAAAGAAGAAACCAACAGUUUGCAAAAAGGAAAAACUAGCAACGAAUAAACUCAAGAGGAGCCACAAACAGAAAAAAAUUAAAAUCCCCCCCAAAUGGUACGGAGGAAGGCACAUACAUGGAUAUACUCAGCUGAGAUUUAACCGACUGAACAAGAGACACUGGUUUCCAAACAGAACAUUGGAGGUUUUGAAAAAGGGCUAUUCAUCGCAAGCCUGUAAAUUUAAUCAGUAUAAGAAGUGCCAUUCUCCUCAGUCAAAGGUACAAGAAAAUUAUCUACACCAGCAAAAGGACUCAUCUUGUUCCACCUCAGACAAGCCACUUUGCAUAAGGAGGAAAGAAGGGAAAAACAACUCAGGAAUAUUUUCCCAUAUUGAAAAUCUUAACCACGUUACACAAAAUGACAAAGAGGAUAAAAAAGGCAUUUCUGGGCAAAUCAGGGAACACACAAGAAUAAAUUCCUCUUUUCAGAACAUUACACCUCUGGAAGUACCUAUGACAGCUGAUUCCUUUCCAUCCUCAGUUAAUACAGCCAUGCGGCAAGCCAGCAAUGAUGUGGAACUUUGCUGUUUAGCGACACAACCUCUUGUGCUUCAACGGUCAGUUCCAGGGGAGUCACAGAAGAACGUUCAGACAGACUCAAUGGCAUCUUCCUUUUGGUCUUGUCCUUUUGGUCUUACAGAUACCAUCAAAGGUGACCAAUCAAAUAGCACAAACUCAGAGACUACUUGCCCUCUUUCCUUACAUCUAGAGGCAAGCCAGGAAAAUGUACCAAAUGUAGAGUUAGAGAUUCAAAGUUUUGGUACAUUAGAUUCAGUGAUUCAGGCCUCAGGAAGAGCAAACGAUCAAACUGAAGAAAAUACAUGCUCAUCUUCCAAGGAAAACCCAACUCACAAUUCCCAAGCUGGAUGUUUGCAUUCACUGGGAUCAAAAGGAGAAUCUCGUCUUGAGUCAGUCUCUAUGGGUAAAUUAUCCCAUACGGAAUACACAGAGCAGGAGAACUCGCAAAAAAUCCUUCGCCUUCAUGGAGCUGCGGACAAGAACGGAGCCCACCAGCAGACAGAGACCUAUGGAAGGCCACACGAAACAGCUACAUUUAAAAAGCCCUCAGUAACACUCAGGUCCCCCGAAUUCAAUAACUACUCAGCAACACCUUCCAAGACAUACAAAAAGAGAGGUUUAGAGAUGAUGAGGAAACAAAUCAGAGUUGAAUAUGAUGACACUAGUAGUGAUGAUGAAGAUAGGCUCGUUAUAGAAAUAUAAAUAGGCUGCUAGUAACAUGCUUGCAUGAUGGCCCAUUACAUAAGGGAAUACCAGGUAUGUUUGUAUUUCUGAAGCACUUUAGGAUCAGAAAAGCCAUUCCUCUGUGCAACAUGCAGCAUUCCCUUCUGAAGAGAGUCCUUUAUUUCAAGGACUCAAAAAAAAAACCAACAACAUUUGAAACAAAAGGGGGGAGCUGGCAUCAUAUACUUAAAUGCAAAUUGUAAGCUUGCAUUUAUGAAGGGUUUCGAGCAUUGUUAACCUUAUUACCAGUCUCACAUAGUGCCCAGAAGUGCUAGCUGCCAGUGGUUGCAUUAUUAAAAGCCUACAGUGUAUUUUUGUGAACACACAUAGUAACAGUAGCAGCAGCUAAGAUUUCCUGGAAGGGUAUGGAUGUACUCCUAUAUACUCUUUUUUUGUAGUCACUAUUUGUUCUGGGAGUGAUAAACUGGCAUUAAGGGGAGAUACAUUCCCUAAGUGUACGUGCUACUGACAGAGUCUGCAGAAACGCUGAUCUUUCUCCAUGUUGCACAAAUGUCAACGCUUUGUUGUGACAAAUGACACAAGCACGCUUUGGUUUGUGUUUCGUGCCUUUUAUGCCAAUAUCUACUCAAAUGUUUUUGAUUUCUAGUUGGAAAAUAUGGGUGUUCACUAUUAGUAUUUCCUUGUGGUAAAACAUCUGACAAGCUCUUAGAUGUGACUGCAAUGAUGCUAUUUUAUUGACAGUAAAGAAACUAUAUGGCACAGCUUUUUUUUUUUUUUUAACUGUACUACAAACCCCCAGAUUUACUGUUUCUGCGUAAGUGGUUCAAUUUGACCAGGUGUAUUCACUUACUUGAUUAAACUGAUAUGCAUUCCCCACUUCUACACUAUAGUCUAAUCCUAUACUUAAACAUUUACCAGUAUUAAAACUGUGAUUCAUACAAAGGGUUUUAUAGAUAAACCUACAUGGAAUACUUGGAAUUGCUUUUACUUUAGUGAUGCACAAUUAAGCUUACAUAGGUCCUCCUUACAAAUAGAUCUAGUACACUAUAGGGGAAAAAAUAAAUGUAUAUGUGAAAAAGAAUGCCAAACACCCUGUGGCAUCAGCUAACAGAGACAAAACCACGUGUUAAGUCCCAUGCAAUUACUGUAUUUUCAGAUGUCUCAUAAACGGGACAGUUCUUGAAAACAUCCAUACAGAGCUUAACAGCUAGUCACAAUUUACGUUCAUAAAUGUAUUACCAUUACAGAAAAUAAACAUAGCAAUCAAAACAUUACACCGAUUCCUACUUCUCAUGUAGGAAAAGUUAGGGAAAAAAAUCUGCUCUUUCAGAACUGAGGAUGAGCCAUGAAACUUUUCUCCCCUUUUAAAAAUGUCACAACACAGAAUUAACACAGAAUUUUCAAUAGCAUUACAUAAACAAUUGAUGUCAAAACUGCAAGGAAAAGAAUUUAGGAAUAUUAGUUUAAGGAAAUGUGCAUUUCCAGUUUCCUUCUUUACUUCUCAUUUACUAAGUGCUGAGGUUAUAAAAUGUCACAAUUUGCAGCUCAGAAAUACAGUGAGCCAGUCUGUUCUCUUGCUAUACCUUAUUGUAAGUUUCAGUAAACAUCAGUUGUACUUCCACAUGCUACUCAACGAGAAGAUGACAUCAUAUCUUGCCUAACUUGGUAAGCCUUGGAUUCAGAGUUCAGCAAGCACGGGUGUAUAUCUGAAGAAUGAAUGGCAUCGACAGUGCUAUGGCCCUGUAAAUGGUGUGUUUUGUUGAUGAGAGAAACAGUACAAAAAUAGCAUUUUAUUUAGAGUGAUACUGCUGAACAAGAAUGAUACAGCUCUAGAUUGUUUUUAUAUUGUUACAAUUUUGUCUUUAUACUGCUAAAUUGUUUUAUCUUAAUAAAAAUAAAAUGUGAAGACCAAAGUAACACUAA